AUGGGGAGAUACACAAGUGCACGUUCAUUCGACGAUCGAAGUGCAGAGGUGCAAGCAGCUCCCACUGAGCAAGAGAAGGAAGAGGCGUCAAAGAAAGAUGUCUUGGAGGUUUCGAAUGUCAUGGGGUCUACAGCAGGAGCUGGCUCCGGUGACUUCCAUCAGUACCGACAGUCUCGAAGGAAAGAGAUGUUCAGUGAGCUGAAUUUUUCCAUCUUGAAGAGAGAAAACGAGGAGUUCGAGAGGAAAAAGCGUGAGCGUGCGGAGGAGGUUGAGAAGAAGCAUCAGAAGCGUGUCGAGAAGAGGAAAAAGAAGAAGAUGAAGAAGAUGAACAAGGGAGCCAAUGCAGGGGCAACCCAAAACCCGAGCGCAGGCAACCAGGACGCCGACGAGGAUGAUUCAGGAGAAGACGAGGAGGAGGAGAAGAAAACAAGCUUCAUCGGCCCAAGCGUUCCCCAUGCUCCUGUUCCUCAUGAAGUGUUUGUCAACGGAUCAGUGGAGGCUGAGAAUGUCAAGGUUAAGGAAGUGCAAAACGUGCGCAUCGUUGAUGUUGAUGUGAGAGAUGCGUUGAUUGCUUUCAUCUUGUGA